CCUGAGAGCAGAGGGGAGAUCGGUGGUCGGAGCAGCGGGAGACACCGGGAUGAACCACAAGAGUAAAAAGCGGAUCAAGGAGGCGAAGCGCAGCGCCCGGCCGGAGCUGAAGGACUCCCAGGACUGGAUCCGUCACAACUAUGCCGAGGUGUACGGGCUGAGCCCCGGCAGCGUGCUGGAUAAUGUCGAGCGCGUUGACACCCUGCAGCUCACACCAGAAGAAUUCAUUGAGCGCUUUGAGAAACCCUACAAGCCGGUGGUGAUCCAAAAUGCCACGCUGGGGUGGCCCGCCCAUGAGAAAUGGACCAUAGAAAGACUCAAACGCAAAUACCGCAACCAGAAGUUCAAGUGCGGAGAAGACAACGAUGGCUAUUCUGUGAAGAUGAAGAUGAAAUAUUACAUUGAGUACAUGGAAGGGACCCGGGAUGACAGUCCCUUGUACAUCUUUGACAGCAGCUACGGGGAGCACCCUAAACGGCGGAAAUUGCUGGAGGAUUACGACGUGCCUAAAUACUUUCAAGAUGACCUUUUUCAGUUCGCAGGAGAGAAAAGGCGACCACCGUACAGAUGGUUUGUGAUGGGGCCUUCCCGCUCCGGAACAGGAAUUCACAUUGACCCAUUAGGAACCAGUGCGUGGAACUCUCUGGUCCAUGGACACAAGCGCUGGUGCCUCUUUCCCACCAAUACUCCACGUGAGCUCAUCAAGGUGACAAGAGAAGAAGGAGGUAACCAGCAGGACGAGGCCAUCACUUGGUUUAACGUGAUCUAUCCCCGUACAUUGCUGCCCACUUGGCCUGCUGAGUUUAAGCCUUUAGAGAUCCUGCAGAAGUCGGGAGAAACUGUGUUUGUACCAGGAGGUUGGUGGCACGUUGUGCUGAACUUAGACACUGCUAUCGCCAUCACCCAGAACUUCGCCAGUUGUACAAACUUCCCGGUGGUUUGGCACAAGACGGUGAGAGGGAGGCCCAAACUGUCCAGAAAGUGGUAUAGAAUCUUGAAGCAGGAGCGCCCCGAGCUGGCUGCAUUGGCUGACGCUGUAGAUUUACAGGAAUCAACCGGGAUUGCAUCUGACUCUUCAAGUGACUCAUCCAGCUCCUCGUCCUCCAGCUCUUCAGAAUCUGGAUCAGAGGACGACUCCAGCUCUGGAGCGGAGACUAUGUCACACCGGAAGAAGAAGAGGAGAACAUGCAGUGGUAUGGGGAAUGGAGACAGCACCACACAGGAUGACUGCGUGAGCAAAGAACGCAGCUCCUCCAGGUGACAGCUGGGUCACAGUCCUGCAUUCAGGGACAGAAAUGGCUCCUGCACAUGAUCUAAAGGAGAUGGUUUCUUUGUUCUAGUUUCUCUUAUCUGCUGCUAGGAAUCUACAGAACAAGCCCAGUACCACCAUUUUAUAUAGUACAUUACACAGACAUUACUGGUAUGAAUACUAACUUCUGUGCACUUCUGAAAUUAGGACUGGCGGUGGUCGAGACGCCGCAGAUGGCCUUUACUGGAUCAAGAAUGCUAGCAAUGCUUCUUGGGGAAACAUCUGCAUUGAGCAUGCUCAGGAUGGCACAUAGAUUUGAAAGCCCCCACAAGAAAAUGAAGUAUACAUGAUUUCACAAUGUCUAUCGUGUGGCUCCCUUCCAUUAACUAGUUCAGUGGUUUUAACUCCAGCUCCUGCAGCAAAUGAGGUCUGUGCAGGUGGAAGCUACCACUUGACCUGUUUCAUUGACCUUCUAACGAUACAUUUAUGACUUCUUAGCGCAUUCUGCAAGGUUUUCUGACUCCAUUUUUGAUUACAAUAACCCUUGGCAUCCUAGAUCUCUGCUGUGGUCACCCACUGACUACAGCAACGGUUGCAAGGCAAUAGCCUGAGGAAACGUUGGCACCAAUAGUACUUAUAAACCUAGCUGAGCCUGUACAAUUGUUGUGCCCUCCCCCUUUCGUUUUUAUAGACUACCU